UCCUUUUUUUUUUCAAUGGUGAUCGAAGUAAACGACAGUUGCGGGAGCAAAGCGAAGGACACAUCGCCAUUUCAGAGCCGCCGCCAACAGCAACAGAAACUCGAAGUGUACAACGAAGUACUGCAGCGGCUUCGAGAAUCCGGCAAAGACGAGGCUAUUCGGCCCGGUUUCGAAGACGAGCUUUGGACUCACUUCAUGCGUCUCCCUACUCGCUAUGCAUCGGAUGUGAAUGUGCAAAGAGCAGAAGAUGUUCUGAUGCACAAGAGAUUGCUGUAUUUGGCUCAUGAUCCCGCCAACAGACCAGCCAUGGAAGUUCGACUCGUGCAGGUCCAAUCUAUUUCUGAUGAGAGUUUGGCUGAUUCAUCCCUUUCAAACCUCCCAUGUGAGGAGUCUGCUCAAAAUUCUCCAAGACACUCUAGCAGACAGAGCAUACAUCCACCACCUGCCUUUGGCUCAUCGCCUAAUCUUGAAGCCCUUGCACUUGAAGCAAAUAAGUCUAAGGAUCAAGAUGGAAAUAGCUCUCUACCUGCCAAUUCACAUCUUUCCCGGCCCAUGCAUGAAGUUACAUUUUCAACAGAAGACAAACCGAAACUUCUUAGUCAGUUCAGCGCAUUGCUUGCUGAGAUUGGGCUGAACAUCCAGGAAGCGCAUGUAUUUUCCACAAUUGAUGGUUACUCAUUGGAUGUUUUUGUUGUUGAUGGUUGGCCUUAUGAGGAAACCGAGCUGCUUAAAGUUGCUUUGGAAAAGAAAAUCUCAAAAAUUGAGAAGCAAUAUUGGCUGAAGCAACACUCCUUUUCUCCUUCGAGGGACCAUGAAGAAAUGGGAAACAUAAACAAUGAUGACCAGAAUUAUGUGGCAAUUCCUAAUGACGGGAUUGAUGUUUGGGAAAUUGACCCUAGACACUUGAAGUUCGAGAACAAAGUUGCAUCUGGGUCAUAUGGUGAUCUGUAUAAAGGUACUUACCGUAGUCAGGAAGUGGCUAUUAAAGUCCUCAAGCCAGAGAGUAUAAAUACCGAUUUGCAGAGAGAGUUCGCCCAGGAGAUUUUCAUCAUGAGGAAAGUUAGGCACAAGAACGUUGUACAAUUGAUUGGUGCGUGUACCAAGCCGCCGAACUUGUAUAUUGUAACAGAAUUUAUGUCAGGUGGAAGUGUAUAUGAUUACCUUCAUAAGCAAAAAGGCGUUUUCAAGCUUCCAUCCUUGCUUAAAGUUGCAAUAGAUGUUUCCAAAGGAAUGAACUACAUGCACCAAAAUAAUAUAAUCCAUCGGGAUUUGAAGGCUCCCAAUCUUCUUAUGGAUGAAAAUGAAGUGGUUAAGGUUGCUGAUUUUGGUGUUGCUAGAGUGAAAGCUCAAUCUGGAGUUAUGACGGCUGAAACAGGAACGUAUAGAUGGAUGGCUCCUGAGGUUAUUGAACACAAGCCAUACGAUCACAAGGCCGACGUAUUCAGUUUCGGAAUUGUAUUAUGGGAGUUGUUAACUGGAAAGCUUCCAUAUGAAUGUUUAACCCCAUUACAAGCUGCUGUCGGAGUCGUUCAAAAGGGUCUUCGUCCAACAAUUCCAAAGAACAAUAACCCGAAGCUUGCUGAACUGCUUGAUAGAUGCUGGCAACAAGAUCCAACAUCAAGGCCUGAUUUUUCUGAAAUUAUAGAGAUUUUACAACAAAUUGCCAAGGAGCAGGUCGGAGGCGAAGGCGAGAACCGCCGUAAAGAGAAAUCUUCGGGAAGAUUUCUGUCCGUCCUUAGAAGAGGAGGCGGCAGCCACCAAGGUUAGACAGUAUUAUUAUGCAGGGAUGUUCAUAGUCUGAUCAUUAGCCAUUGUCUAUUAACUAUGUUGCCCACUCCCACCAUUUUCACCGGCACUGUACAGUAAUUUAUUCGCCGAUCGAGUUAUCUGAUCGGAUUUUUGUUUCGA